AUGGGUCCAACGAUCAUCCAGUCCAGGAAGCCCGAGUACCUUACGGCAGAGUGCAUAUCCUGCAACACCCCCGUCGAGUUCCUCAUGCCCAAAACAACAGGCGAGAUCAUCUACAUCGAGUGCUUCCAGUGCAAGCAAGUCCUCUCCAUCGACAUUCAAUACCCACAGAAGGGCGCCACCGCUUCCUCUACCUCCUCCCCUUCUUCCACAGCCAACUCCUCGUCCAAGCCCAACGCAUCCAAUACCAAGAAGGACGCUCCCACUAAAUCCAGAAAGAACGGCACCGGCACAGAUGCAAACCCCUUGGAGUCGGAAUUGUACGAUGUUUUGGGAGUGUCACCCACCGCCACCGCUUCAGAGAUCAAAAAGAGCUACAGGACACUUGCCCUGCAGAACCAUCCCGACAAGAAUCCUGACCCUGAAGCGCACACUAGGUUCCAAAAGAUUUCAGAGGCAUACCAGAUUCUAUCGGAACCACAGUUGCGCUCCAACUACAACAUGUAUGGACAGAACAAGGAUGUGUCUCCAGAGGGCGGCUUUGUCAACCCGGAGUCAUUCUUUAAAAAGCAGUUCGGAGGCGACCGAUUUGUCGACAUCAUUGGAGAACUCUCGAUUGGACGUGACAUGCAGGAUGCCCUCAACGAGAACGGUGAGGAAGAGGACGUCAGUCUGACACCCGAGGAGAAGGCUAAGCGAGAUACAGCUGUCAACGAGGUCAAGGACAAGGCCAGGGAGGAAGCUCGCGCGGCUCGCGUUGACAUGCUGGUCAAGAACUUGACACAUAAGCUCAGCAUUUACACCGACGGACCUUGUGACUACAAUGCGGCCAAGGCCUAUCAGGAGAUGAUGCGUUUGGAGGCCGAGGAUUUGAAGGUGGAGAACUACGGAGUCGAGUUGCUGCAUGCCAUUGGAUUCACCUACACCUUGAAGGCGAAGCAGUACCUUGGCAAGAACGAGAUGAUGGGUCUCGGAAGCUGGUUCCACGGUGUCCGCGAGAAGGGUCAUAUCUUGUCUGAGACUGUCUCAACCCUCCGUGCUGCCAUGGAUCUCCAGCAGAGCUUUACGCAGCUCCAGGAAGCCGAGAAGGUUGAGAUGGACGACGCUGCCAAAAAGGUUCUUGAGGAGGCUGCAGCCUCCAAGGGAAUCCGUGCCCUUUGGAAGGGAUCUAAGCUUGAAGUUGAAGGUGUCCUUCGUGAGGUGUGCGACAAGUGCUUGAGUGACCCAAGUGUGCCCAAGGCUACGCUGUUGAAGCGUGCAAGUGCACUCAAGAUCGUCGGUGCUGUCUUUGAAGGAGUCAAGCCAGACAACGUUGACACUCAGCCCGCUGACAAGAAGGGCCAAUGA